UGAACAUUAAGUAUACAGUCAUGCGCGUGAAAACCCAUAUUUAACACGAGAUUGAUUCUUUGUAUUAGUAACUGACGGGGAAAAACCUCACGAUAAUUUAUCAAGGUUGUUUUGUUGACGCAGUAAAGAAUUGAGUCAGUGUGAUAAUGCGUUUGGUGAGUAAAUCAUGUGCGGUUUGACGAAUAUCUUUGAAAGAUUGCAAUCGUUUGUUUCUGCACGCUGCCUGUUCAUUUGAAUAUAGGAAUAAUAUAUAGAAUUAGGGUUAAAAAGGUGGUGGUUUUUGUGGAACAAAUUGCAUAUUUCAGGAUUUAUUUGUUUCUUCAAUUAUUGCAUUUAAAAAUGCCGGAAAUAUAUGAAAACUACAUGAUGAAAGAAGCAUUUGGUGGUCACCACGAGUAUGGCAAUUAUGGAAAUGAUCCAAUGUUAAUUAGCAGUACUAAUGCAAUGAGUCUUUACAACAAUUCUAUAGAUUUUCAAUGCAAUUUUAAUUCUGGUUCACCUAUGUCUACUACUUCAUCACCAUCACAUAUACCUACAUAUAUGUCGUUAGAUAAUUACACUGUUGUAGGUGAACCACAUAUUGUCAUAAUAGAUCAACCGGUAGAAAAAUUUAGGUUUCGCUAUAAAUCUGAAAUGAUCGGUACACAUGGAACUUUAAGUGCAAAUAAUAUAAUGGCCAAUAAAAAGGGUGCUCCUACCGUUGAAUUAAAAAAUUAUCGUGAAAAAGCAAUAAUACGCUGUACAGUAGUUACAUCAGACGAUAAAAGACCAAGAAUUCCACAUGCUCAUCAUUUGAUCAGAAGGAAUGGACAUAAGGAUUGUGAUGAUCCCCAUGAGAUAGAAGUUUCUCAAGAAAAUGGAUAUACUGCUGUAUUUUAUGGAAUGGGUAUAAUACAUACAGCAAAAAGGAAUGUUAAAGAUGAGCUUGUACGAAAAAUUAAAAUGGAGAUACUAGAAAAUCGUAGAAGGAAAAAUAUUAAUGCAACUAUUUCAACACGUGAUGAAUUACAGAUUAAAGCUGAUGCAGAAAUUUAUCAAAAAUCGAUAAAUCUUAAUAGCGUAGCUCUAUGCUUUCAAGCUUUUAUUUUAGAUGGAAAUAAUGUUAUGGUGCCAAUUACAGAGCCUGUUUACUCUAAUCCAAUUAAUAAUCUUAAAAGUGCUCUUACUGGGGAGCUGAAAAUCUGUAGAAUUGAUAAAUUUACAAGUUCUUGCGAAGGCGGAGAAGAAGUAUUUAUGCUUGUAGAAAAAGUUGGAAAAAAAAAUAUCAAAGUAAAAUUUUUUGAAUUGAAUGAAGAUGAUCAUGAAAUCUGGUACGAUUAUGGUCUCUUUACUGAAUUAGAUGUACAUCAUCAAUAUGCUAUUGUAUUUCGCACUCCGCCAUAUAAAGAUUUAAAUAUUACUGCUUCAAAAGAAGUUUUUAUAAAGUUAGAACGACCAAGUGACCAUGAUUAUUCAGAAGCUGUUAAAUUUAUAUAUAAGCCAAGUGACAAAUGUCUAGGAAGGAAAAGGCCACGUGUGUCUUAUUCAAAUAGUAUGGAAUUGACGCAAUGUUUACCUCCUGUGGAAAGAAAUGAUUCUUUUUUAAAAUUGAACGAUAGUCGAGAAAUCUCUAACGAAUUUAAAAAACUCAUUUCAGAAGGUUGUUCAUCUGCAGAAUUACGUCAGUUCAUUACCAAUAUAGACCUGGAUAUGUAUACGCAUCUAGUAGCUAAUAGUGAAGAAGGAGUGCUCACAUCUGAUGGUGCAUCUACAAAAAAACCGGAUGACGAUGCCAUGUUUGCUAAGGAUAUUUUUAUGGAAGCCAUUAAUAUUGUUAAUUCAGGAAUGAAUGAAGCAAGUGGAGAAAUUAAUCCUAGUAAAAAAAAACAAUUAAAAAAUUUAUUUAUGCAUCGUUCUACCUUUGGUGACUCACCAUUACAUGUAGCUCUACGUUAUGGUCAAUUUGACAUUUUCAAAUAUAUUUUGAUACUUACGGGGAUUGAUUCAGAAUAUCAAACAGUUGUAAAUAUUCAAAACAGUACAGGCAAUACACCAUUACAUUAUGCAGUAUUACAAAAUCAACCAGUUAUCAUAAAAUCAUUAUUAGAACUUGGAGCAGAUCCAAAUACAUGUGAUGACCGAGGUUUAUCUCCAUUACAUGUUGCUGUAAAAAUACCUAAUGGCGUGGAAUGUGUUAAUAUCUUAUUAUCUAGUAAAUUAACUAAUAUGGAAAGUUAUACAGAUCUUGGAUGGACACCCUUACUACUUGCUGCUGAAGCAGGUUCAUAUGAUGCUGUAUCUUCUCUCAUUCGAGCUGGUGCUAAUGUAAAUAAUACGGAUAAAUCAUAUGGCCGUAGUGUAUUACAUAUAGCAGUUGAAGGAGGUCAUAAGGAAAUCGUUGAAUUUUUAUUGAAAAACACUAGCAUUAAUGUAAACAAGACUAACUUUACUGGAAAUACAGCAUUACAUAUUGCAGUAGCAUAUGCUGGAACAAGAGCAAAAGAAUUAUGUAAAUUAUUAAUAGAAUAUGGAGCAGAUCCAAAUAUUCAGAAUAAUAAUACGAACUCAGAUAAUAUUGAACAGACUGACCAGUCUGAAGAACAAAAGGAAAAUGAAGCUGUUAACAUAAAGCUUGAAGUAGAUUCUGAAGAAGAAAAUGAAGAAACACGUGGACAGACAUCCUUUGAUUUAGCCACCAAUAAGCCAGAAAUUUUACAAGUUCUUAAGACUCAUGAUAAAAAUACAGAAAAUGAUUAUGAUUUAGCUUUUACUACAAAAGAAGAAAUAUUGGAUGAGAGUAUAAAAGAAAACUGGUUGACUAACGAGAAUAAAAAAAACUUAGCCAUAAUUUUAGAAAAAACAUCAGCGUGGAAAAAAUUAGCUAGACAUCUAGAUAUUGAAUUUCUUAUAAAUACAGCGCGCCAAAACUUGUUAAGUCCAACUUUGUUAAUUUUAAAUUAUAUAGAUAUACAAGGUGACAUUUCACUUACGCAAUUACAUGAUAUAUUAAUUGAAAUCAAAGAACCAAAUGGGGCACAAUUUAUUGCUGAAAUUAUAAGGCAACAGUAAAGAGCAUAAGAAAUUUUAAUAUUUACUAAUAUUAUUUGUAUAAUUAAAUUGUAGAAUAUAAUGAUGCUAUAAUUAUUAAUUUCUUUACUACAUAGAUAUAUUUUAAUGCAUAAUUCAGAAUAACGAUUUAUUAUACAUUUUAAAUUAUACAAUUAUUAAUCAUUUUAAUUGUCAAUGGCCUUACUACAUUGGAUUACUUGUUUUCGAGUGAUUACUAAAGUCGUCAAGCAAUGUGAGCACACUUAAUAACACGGAUGAUGGUGAAAACCCAAAGAAACAAAAACCGUGUACUGUUGAUUGCGAGAACGCGUAUGUAGUGAAGUCAUUUGAUCCGUAAAAGAAAGAAUACGUAUUAAUCAUUGUAUUUGUAAAAUUAUUUAUAAUUAUAUUGUCUUGUUUAAGUAAAUAAUCUGUCUAUUU